UCACGAAGAUUCAAGUUGAUGGAUUCAUUUUCCAUUGAUUUUGUGCUGGGGUUCUUUGUUAAUAUUGAACACAUAAAAUUAUAGAUUAUUCAACAACCACAGUAAAAACUAAAUCUACAUUAUGUUACUAGUUGAAAAUUUUCAGGUCAAAUGGUUACGUCUAUUCAUCAAACUUCUUUUAAUUGCUUGAUAAUUGCUCCUAUAAGGAAACUCAUUAAUAUUAAUUAAUUAAUCUAUUAAACUAAAGCUAUUAUUUAGUACAAAUGUACAUAAUAGGUUCGUUUCUGCAACAAUCUCAAACUGUUUCAAACUAUCAUAUAUUCGACCACUUAAGUUGUCACUUACUUUCAGCGAAUAAUGUAAGAAUAUGGUCAGGAAUAUAUUGGUCAAAUGUAUCUGAUAGUUUCAAAUCAGUCCUCAACUGCUGCAGAAACAGACCUCUUUUAAAUUAUAUCGUACCUAAACGCACUGCUAAGCUUAAAGAACCCAUACUGCCAUCCUUUAGCUUGUGAAAUCAAUUCUGUUGCUGGAGAUAUCGAUUAAAUUACGUUGUUAUGGAAAUUGCAGUCACUCUGAAAGACAGAAUUUAUCUUGCAGCGAUUUAAAUCGUAAAAAGUGCAUAACAUAUUCUAAAACGAAUCAAAAUGGAUGAGGAAGAGGUGGAAAUUCCAGGUAGGACCAAAGUUGCCAUUUUAAUGUGACAUAGAAAAGGAAAGAUGGUGAUUCUAAAAUGCAUUUUAGUGCCAAUAAAUAAUGACCUGGAGAGAAGAAUCGCAGAUGCUUUUGAAGUGUUUGAUCACGCUGGAAAUAAAACUAUAGACGUUCGGGAGAUCGCUACUAUAAUUAGAGGUCUUGGAUGUUGUCCUUCCGAAGCUGAGGUCCAAGAGAUAAUAGUAGCUGUGGAAGACCCCCAGACACCUGGAAGUGUGCACUUGUCAAAAUUUCUACCUUAUGUGUCCCAAAUAAUUACAGAACAUAAAUAUCAGCCUGCAAGUCCAGAGCAACUUUUACAAGCUUUUCAAACACUGGAUCAGGAAGGACAUGGAUAUUUAACCAAGGAAUAUAUUUCUACUUUGAUGACUCAAGAUGGAGAACCAUUUACUCAAGACGAAUUGGAUGAAAUGCUGGAAAUUGCUAUUGAUCCGCACACCCAAACUGUGCCUUAUGAGUACUAUAUUAAUCAACUGAUGGUAAGAUACUUGACAAAAUUUGUUCCCGAUUCAUCAGCAAACUUUAUUACCAAAUACAAUUGUUUUGUUAAUGAGAGAGAUUCAGGUCUAGUUUCAUUUUUUAGAUUUCUUGAUCCAGUAUAUUCAACAACAAUAUUCUAUUCUUCUAUUUUGUAAAUAGUUAUUAUUCACAUCCGGCAAAUUGUAUCUAAAUCCAUAGGUACCUUUUAAAAUUUAUUAUGAUUUCCUUAAAGUAUAAUAUUUACAACAAAAAAUUCAGACUUCCUUACUUAAAAUAAUAUAAAAAAUAUAAUAAAAACAAAGGCAUAUUCACAUAGACAUCUAUGAAGUUUACCUAAUCCUACACUGAUGGAAGUUUGUGUAACGACUAGAAAUUGACCUUAAAAGACAAAUCGAUACAGGUUAUUUGGAAUUUUCCACGUCUUUAUUAAAAUAUUCAGUCCAACAAGAUUAAAUUACUGGAAUUAGAUACUUCUGUGUCUUUUGUACUGUUGUACCUAUUCAUUUAUGAGAUACAUUAUUUAAUAUUCUUCUUUUAAAAAAGUAAUUAUUGUAAUGUUAUUUAGAGUACACAGUUACUGAAGACUGUCACUUUUCAGUUUUACCUUGUUCUGUACAGGACCGUUUGGCAGUAAUAAUUAUUAAUUUAUUAAAGAACUUAAGAAAUAUUUUAUAGCAUGAACUUAAAGGAGAAGACAAUAUAUAUAAUUUAGCCGAUAGAAUAGAGUCUGAAAAGCCACCCCCACCCCCUCCGCCAAAGAGUAUGGCAGAUUAUUUGAAAGCAACUGAAGAAUUAAUGCAAAU